AUGCGAACGUUCAUCAAAUCCCAUCGCAAAUCAAGCUCUGUGGACAGCAGUCCGUCGAGGAAUUACAGCGAUAGAGAUCGAUCGAGGUCAAGCAACGAGUACAGCGAUGUUUUGCCACCGCUAGGUAGAAAUUCUCAGCCUCAUCUAGAAAACCUGCCGUCUCAAUCCACCAGUUCUGACUCGAUUCAGAAGCUCACAAACAAAAAUAAAAUAUUCUCCACACGCAUCUUCAAAAAGCCCGGCUCUAGCCACGCAAAAAUGGGGGAGUCAACCACAGCACCUACGUCGCCUUUUUUGCAAACAUUUCGUAAUUUGUCGUCUCCAGAAAACACACAAAACUGGCAAUUUCCCAAACAGCCCGAAUAUGCAGUCACUCCUGCAAUCAAAGGUACCAGAAUGCAUGAGUGGGGCCCCAAGUCUAAAGAACGGUCCCAGUCAGUGAUUCUUUUGAAUAGAAACUUAACAUCAUCGGAUGCAUCUUCAGAUGUCAACGAGCCCGGGCUUCGCAGCAGCGUGCGAUUUCAGACGGGAUCUUUUAGCUCCGUCACAUCCAGCACUUUGGAGGGAAGUCACCGCGGGAGCGUAGACCUACCCAGAGAAAAGCUUAGCAGUUUAAAUGAAAUACAUGAAAAGCAUCCGUAUUCGAGCUUUAGGCCUGACAAUAAUAAGUCUAAAAACCGACAGGCUCGUAUACAUUCGCAUGAGGACUUUUUGUGCAUGGAGCGAAAUUCGACUCUCGAUCUAAGCUCAUUUACCAACACUUUCAAUUCGUCCCCCACAAAUGAUCAAGACUAUCUUUCAGAGUACAUUGCGUCACCUCUUGGUGAUAGCUCAACGGAAAAGGAUUUUUCGAACUCUGAAAAACUACUAGGUCUCGGCGUAAACUAUGCUCAGAAAUUAGACGAUGAGGUUUUCUCUGUAAUAUCUGACACCAAAGAACAGAGUAUACUUACCAAUGACAGGUCAUUUGAGGAAGGUGAUGAAAUUUCCACGAGUUCUCAUAACGGCGAGGUAAGUCACCAAGAAUCGCCAGGCAAAGACUAUACUUCGGAUGCGGACAGUGGUGAUGAGGAUUCUUUUGAUGAUGGAUCAUCGGAUGGAUCGUCGCGAUUUUCAUUUGAAGCGGCAGGUGUCAAUGGCAGAACGGCUUCAGUCAAGUAUUACUCGAAGCCAGCACCUCAAGCGAAUCUUUAUGUCGAUGAUCUCUACAAGGACGAUGAUUUUGACGAAGACAUGAACUAUUUUGACGAAGAAGUAGACGACGCGGAGGAAGAGGUGAGGUUUUCUGGUAGCUUAAAACAGGAAGAGCCAGGGCAUAAUUUUCACAAAGGCUCCGCUUUAAAAUCAGAGUUAGAGACCAUAGAUUCAAACGAAUCUGAUGACAUACCAGCGGCUGGCCGCGGGGUAAACAAUUAUAACGACUUAUUCAAUAUAUCUGAUGAGGAGGAUGAUUCCGGGCAAGAGACCGGGUGUGGUGAAAACGAAGAUCAAAAUUUGGACACCGAGAGAAUCGGAUCUCGAGAUAGGGACUCAGAUAAUUUUGAGGGCGAAGACUAUGGAGAGAUUGCCGGCGUCCACCAAAGCAACAUAAACAGCUACGGAGAUAUUUUCGACAUUAGUGAUAAUGAUGAACCUCUAAAGGCGAACAGUUUCAGUACCGAGAGUCCCUCUUCUGAAGAUCCUGAGACGAUUUCAAGACCCAAAUCUGACGUCUCCAACAACAGUGAUAGCCAAGAGUUGAUAGCUUCACAACGGGAGCUGUUUGCCGACUCUCCUUCUAUUCAAAACUCAAAAACACAUGCAUCGGAGCUGCGAUCUCCAUUCACGUAUAGCUCUGAAAAAUUGACAUCUGAUACUUUCAAUCUAUCGCUACCUCCUCCCGCAAGAUCUCAGGUUUUGAAAUACCAUGAUUUAAUGUCAAAUUUGGACUAUGAAGUGCCUGGUACCACGAGUAACCUUUAUUUCAUUGAUGAGUCUGAAGAAGACAAGUAUAAUCAAAAGAAUCAACCGGACGAACACUACUUGGAUGAAGUUAACAGACUACCAGAGGAUUACGAUUUUUCGGAUGAUGAUGAUUAUUUCGCAAGAGUGCUGAAGUCCCCCGGCUCCAACAAGAAUGCCAAUUCCUUCAAGAAAACCCACAGUUUUUCCAGCAAGCCAUUAAGUGUCGUUAUGGAAAGCUUACCUGCAAACUACAAACUUGAACUGAAAGAUAAAGUAGUUACGUUUUUUCACAGUCCUGUUAAUGAGCUGGAAAAUAAUCCCUUGGGCUACAACCGAGAUUAUCAAGACAAUGGCAGCACGCUUCCUUCUCCGCGUGAAGACUGGCAGCAGAGUCCCCCAACAGACUUUGCCGCGUCGCCGAUUACCCCGUCGAAUUCUUUGAGUCGGCCGACGCCGUAUUUUAAUCAAAGUAACUCACUCAGCCCAAUACAAGAAAAUAAUGCGUCGGUUGACAGCUCACCUAGGGUCUAA